AUGUUUGUCGAUUAUUUAGUGCUUGAUUCAGCUGGAAAACCACCAGCGGGAAUGUUAAGAGGAACUCCUUGGAUGCGUGGUGAUUAUGACCAAUGUUUGAAUAUUGUAAUCGAAAGUAAUAAAAGAAGAUCUAAGAAAAAUUCUGGAGUAAUUCGUGGGAAAUAUUGUUCUGUAAUGUUGUACAUUACGGAAUUAUUUGAAAAACGUGCUUACGUUUAUGAAAACUUUACUAUAGUGAGAAUUUUCAAGGAAAUGCUGGAGCCGCUCACUUUUGAACAAUACGCAUCUUUGUUGAAUCAUUGGAGACUCAACUGGAGAUUUGACAUUUGUAUUCCAAGUACUUGCAGCGAAUCUGAUUUAGAAAACAUUUUCACUUGGAUUUUUGGAGACAUGAUUCCUUCCAAGGUGUUUAUGUGCAAAGAGAAAGGAGAAGAAAGAAAAUUUUCUUUAGCACAAUUAAUCUGCAUUGGCAUAUUUGGCUUUUUUAUAAUUAUGGUUAUCAUCGCUACUAUUAUAGAAUUGUUGAUAAAUUAUAAUUUUAUACCCGAAAAUAAUAAUAAAGGAAACUUAAAAGAAUACUUUUUGGCCAUAUCUAUACGCAAAUCUUAUCAAAUUCUUUGUUCUACCAAUACUGAUGAAAGAAUAGCGUGUUUCAGUGGUCUAAAGUUUCUUCUUGUUUGUAUAAUUGUGUAUGCACACUCAUUAAGUUACCGAUUAAUGAUGCCAGCGCUCGCAGAAAAACCCUACGACGUUGUGGAAUUGUUUGAUAAUACCGCUGUUGAAAUAGCGUCGUUAUCAAUAACAAUGAUUGAAACUUUUUUCUUUAUCAGUGGAUUUUUAGUAUUUUAUAAUGCAUGGAAAAUUGAAGGAAAUUCAAUUAUACAUUACUUAUACUUCCUGAUUAAAAAAUACAUUAGAUUUACGGUGCCAAUUUUCGGUGCUUUUGCUGCAUUUCUCAUUCUCCCUCAGCUUGGUGAUGGGCCAGUUUGGCAUUAUGUCGUACGCGAAGCAGAAUUUGCAGAGAAAAAUUGGUGGAAAUUCUUUGUUCACAUUCAGAACUUUUAUCAAACUUAUUAUACUUAUACAGAGCAUUUCUGGUUUUUACACGCAUUAAUGCAACUAACGAUCCUUACAGUACCAAUACAUUUUAUUCAUUCCAAACAACCAAGAAUUGGAAUUUACGUCAUGAUUAUUUUAACAGCAACAGGCGUUGCAUCGCAUGUAUCAAACAUUUGGCUCAAGAAACAUUAUUUAAUGAUAGGAAUGUCUUUCAAUAUGGACACAAUAUUUAAUUAUACUUACAAGAAUUACGAUAAACCUUACUUUUCUCAUCUAAGUUCUUAUUGUUUCGGAUUAUUACUUGGCUCCCAUUUUUCAAAUGACAGAAAAGCUAAAUUUGGAAAAAUUACUUGUGUCUUACUGUGGAUUUUGAGUGUAGGUUUAUUAGGAGUAGUAUUAUUUGGUAUGCAUGGUUAUAGAAAUGAAUUGUCUUCGAACGAAACUAUAAUUUUACUUCACAAAUGUGUUUCUCCGUUUGCUUGGACUGCUGGUUUGGCUUGGUUUUGUGUUGCCUGCAUUACUGGAAAUGGUGUUUUUAUCGAUGAAAUAUCAAGAGAGUGA